AGUCCCACUCCCCCCCCGUCCCCACACUCCCCCGUGCCCAGUGAGGGUGAGGGGGUGAGGGUGGGCGUGGGCACCAUGCCGUGGCAGCGGCGUGUAUCUGAGCCGGAUGUGUCAGCAGAAUGCUCGGUGAGCCUGCCGUCAGAUGUGGAGUCGGGAGGUGAGCCGCGGUGGGAGUUGCGGGUACGUGCGGGAGGCUGCUGCCCCUGCCUGCCCCCCUGCCUGCGGCUGGCCUUCACGCCACCCUCCCUGGAGCUGCUGUACCAGGCGUACGUGCGCCGGCAGCGGGCGGAGGCUCAGCUGGUGCUGCUGCUGUUUGCCGGCCUCUUCCAUGCCCACAGCCUGGUGUCGGCAGCUUUGUACCCAUCGCCCAGGCUGCCCGGCCUGCUGGUGGCAGUGGGCGGGCUGCUGGCACAGCUCCUGCUCCUGCUACUCUACCGCCUUCACCUGCUGCCCCAGCACCUGUGGCAGUCCCUGGUGCCCUACCUGCUCUGGCUGCUCCUCACCCUGCAGCUGGUCGCCUCUCUGGGCCUGGGCUCCCCGCGCACCCUCCGCCCACCCCAUACUGCUGGCUGGCUGGCCUUCUUCACCUUUGCCCUGUACCUCACCCUGCCCCUGCCCCUCGCACCCAUCCUGCUGCUCAGCACCCUGACCUGUGCCCUCCACACCCUGGUGCUGGCCAUCACCCUGGCACAAGAGACCCACGCCAACAAUCGACCCACGCUGCCCCAACAGCUGCUGGCCAACAUCUGCCUGUAUGUGUGCGCCAUCACCGUGGGGGUCAUGUCUCACUACAUGGCUGACCGCAAGCAUCGCAAAGCCUUCCUGGAAGCUCGCCAGUCCCUCGAGGUCAAACUCAACCUGGAGGAGCAGAGUCAACAGCAGGAGCGGCUGCUGCUGUCCAUCUUGCCGAGGCACAUAGCGGAUGAGAUGUUGAACGACAUGAAGAAGGACAAGGAAUCGAAGGAGCUGCAGCAGUUCAACACUAUGUACAUGUACAGACACGAGCGGGUCAGCAUCCUGUUUGCGGACAUCGUGGGCUUCACUCAGCUGUCGUCCAGCUGCUCGGGCCAGCAACUGGUCAAACUGCUCAACCAGCUCUUCGCCCGGUUCGACAGACUGGCAGACCUGUACCACCAGCUACGUAUCAAGAUCCUGGGCGACUGUUACUACUGUAUCUGUGGGCUGCCCGACACCAGGGAUGAUCAUGCUGUCUGCUCCAUACACAUGGGGCUGGCCAUGGUAGAGGCCAUCUCGGUGGUGCGUGAGAAGACCUGUACGGAGGUGUCCAUGCGUGUGGGCAUCCACAGUGGCACAGUGCUGGGCGGGGUGCUGGGGCAGCGUAACUGGCAGUACGACGUCUGGUCCACCGACGUCACCCUGGCCAACCAGCUGGAGGCCGGCGGCAUCCCGGGCCGGGUCCACAUCUCCCAAAGCACACGAGACUGCCUGCACGGGGAGUUUGAGCUGGAGCCAGGAGAGGGGGGGCAGAGGAACGACUUGCUCAGGGACAAGGGCAUCCAGACCUACCUGGUGGUGGUGCCCAAAGACAGGCCGCUUCCAGGGGGCAUCAACGGUGUGAGACUCUCGCUAUCAUCGUCCAAUGGCCGGUCGCCCCCGUUGAUCAACACCAGUGAUGGUGAGGGCAGUGUUCACCCUGCGGCUGCCGAUGGGCUCGACACACAGGUGGUGAACCCGUCGUUCCCCAACCGGCGUCGGUUGCGUCUACGUGACGUGUCGGAGCGCGUGUUUGACCCCGAGCACGACCCGCACCAGCUGCUGACCGCCGCACUGCUGGAGCGGGACAGCGUGCAAGCGUGA